CAGUAGUCGCCUGGAUGUUGACGGUGUCGGCCUGCAGCAAUGGCCUUCGGUGGUGUUAUUCCUCUUUAUAGCAAACGCAGUGCACCCUGGGCUCUGAGAAGAAUAUUCAGAUCGAAAGAGAAAGUGCUAAUACUGUUGGUGUGCUUGACUUUCCUGUUUAUAUGCAUAGGGCCUAUAUUUUUCCUGCCAGAUUUGCGAGGGGGUCUGAGCACCCGAGUAGACCAUGUUUACAAAGUGUACAAACAGAUGCAGAAGGCUGGACCCGAGCUUAUACUUCCCCCUCCCCCGCCGCUCUCAGGGGAGGAAGGAGCUGUCAGGAAGCACGAGGGAGUUUACCAUAACUUGGUGGAGCACAAUGAUGUCCAUCUGUCGGACGACAAGCAGAGGUUAAUGGAGAAAAUUAACAGUGACGAUGAGUUGCGGCAUUUGAGAGUGAUAGAGAAGCCCGUGGUGCUGACGGUGAGCUCCACGGCGGCUAGUAAGGUUAACCCCAUAGUGGAGCAGGUGGACGAGAGUGCCAGAGUGCAGGGUGGCAGUGGGGUGGAGGCUGAGAAGGCCGGCCUGCAGGUCAAGAAGUCGCUGCCUGUGGUCCAGGCUGGGGAGGAUGCCGACCCCGUUGCCAGACAACGGAGGGAAAAAAUUAAAGAGAUGGUGCUGCAUGCAUGGCGAGGCUACAAGACUUAUGCAUGGGGCAAAAAUGAAUUACGGCCAGUGAGUAAGCGUGGUCACACGGCAGGAAUCUUUGGUAGACAAGAUAUGGGGGCUACAAUUGUUGAUGCAUUAGACACACUGUAUAUUAUGGGAUUAAUGGAGGAAUUCAACGAAGGGCGUGCCUGGAUUCAAUACCACCUUGAUUUUAACCAAUUGAGAUCAGAAAUGUCCGUUUUUGAAACCAACAUUCGAUUUGUGGGAGGCCUUCUGUCAGUCUACUCUCUGACAGGUGAUCCACUGUUUCGAGACCGUGCUCUACACAUAGCUCGUAAACUCCUGCCAGCUUUUGAUACUCCUACUGGGAUACCAUAUGCCCUGAUUAAUGUUGGCAAUGGGAUUGCUAAAAACUAUGCAUGGGCGAGUGGUGGCUCCAGCAUUUUAUCCGAGUUCGGAACAUUGCACCUCGAGUUUGUUUAUCUCUCUGACAUUUCUGGAGAUCCAGUAUUCAAGGAAAAAGUGUUCAGGAUUCGGGAUGUCAUAAGGAAGACGGAACGUCCUGAUGGUCUUUAUCCCAACUACAUGAAUCCCAAGACAGGAAAAUGGGGCCAGCGUCAUACAUCUGUCGGAGCACUUGGCGAUAGCUUCUAUGAAUAUCUAUUAAAGGCCUACCUACAGUCAGGUGGUAAAGAUGAAGAAGCGCGAGAUAUGUACGUAGAAGCUAUUGCGGCGAUCACUAACCGCUUGGUCCUCAAGUCUAACACGGGACUGACUUAUAUUGCUGAAAGCAAAUUUAAUCGUCUGGAACACAAGAUGGAUCACUUAGCAUGCUUCUCUGGUGGGAUGUAUGCUUUGGGUGCGAAGAAAAUUGAAAGUCAAUUGUCUGCAACUCACUUGGAGAUUGCAGAAGGUUUGGCGAAUACGUGUCACGAGUCGUAUAUUCGUACUCCAACUGGGCUCGGGCCAGAAAGUUUCCGGUUCACCGAAGGAAUUGAAGCCCGGGCGCUGAAAUCCUCCGAGAAAUACUAUAUUCUAAGACCCGAGGUUAUAGAGACUUGGUUCUACAUGUGGAGAAUAACCAAAGAUCAAAAAUACCGAGAGUGGGCGUGGGAGGCUGUUUUGGCGUUGGAAAAACACUGUCGGGCAGAAGCAGGCUACAGUGGCAUUCAAAAUGUGUACAUGGAGAAUCCUCAGAAGGAUGAUGUUCAGCAGAGCUUCAUCUUUGCUGAAACUUUCAAGUACCUGUACUUGAUAUUUUCUGACGACUCGCUCCUGAGUUUGGACGAAUGGGUACUAAACACAGAAGCUCAUCCAAUACCUAUAGCUGGAAACAAUGCAUUUUACCGCAAAGCCGAAGAGACUGAGAACCAGUGGUAAACAGCUGAACGAGAGAUGGUGACGUGGUGACUUAAAACAUAUUACAAGGUAUUAUAGUAUCAGAUAGGAAAAAUAAAGUAGAAUUAAUAUAUUGGUAAAAAAAAAUAUAUAUUUAUUGAAAACUCAUUCUUGUCUUGGAAUGUAGAGGCUUCUUACUGUAGAAGAUCAUUGGAAGGGGGUUAUAAAGUGGCAUCUUAUGAUGACAGUAUGAGCACAAGGCCAAUUAAUAUACCGAUUACCGUAACGUGACUUUGUCGUUGUACUCUCCAGCUGUGUAUAUUACAUGAGAGGGAAGCUUGAGAGAGAGAGAGAUAGGACCUGCUCACACUGACAUUGAUGUUUUGUCACAUGCCCGAUUAACUUUUCUACGGAGGCGAACGUUGCCUCUCGGAUCCUCUGAAUACAUCGGUUGCUUGUUAAUACAGAUACAAGAUUCCUACUUACUCUGCCCUGUCCUUUAUUGUUGACUUGUGAGAGUUGCAGUACUAGUGAUUCUGACUCCUGCACCAUCACUUACAUUUUGCAGUAUCCAGAGGAUAUUUUGUGAGCACAAGUACGUGUUGUCAGGUUGAGAAUGACUGGUAUUACAAAAAUAUACAGUGUGCUCGAUAACAUGUUAUGAUCAUCCCCCUCACACUGCUCCUUUGUUAUAUUUUCACCAUUUGAAAUCUUUACAAAAAAUAAUAAUUUAUAUGAUUAAAUAAAAUUGUAAACUUUAUAUGCAGAAAAUAUUGAAUUAUAUUUAUUUAAUUCAGUUAUAGAGUACAGUGCAUGAUUAUUCCUUCAGUCACAUUAACAAUUCUUGCCAAAGUUGGGGGUGUUGUUAGCUCGCAAAAGUUGUUUUUUUUCUUCUGCUUUUAAGGCAGUGUUGUGUGAAAGUCGGUCGGCGUACAUUUGUACAUGUUAUCCCUCUUCUUGUCUUGAGAUACAUUCAGUACUCAUUUAUUCUCUCUUACGUUCCUUUUAUCACCAUUUUGAGUCCACUCUAAAAUUUCCUUCAUAGAUCCUUCAGCUCAUUGUUGUUCAAGGUUCAUAAUCCAUCCAUUAUUUUAUACAUUAAUCUCCAGUCCAAGUUACAGCUGCUUGGACUGCUGCUGCUGGCCAAGCAGCAGCAGCAGCGGCAAAAAUAAGCUGCUUAUUUUGUCUUAAAAGAAUUUGAGUUUUGGUUACAUAUCAAGGAGAAGGUAUAUGUAGAUUAGUAUUUUUUUUUACCUCGAUACUUUUUUUUUUUUAAGAAUUAUACAGUUAUUACAUACUAAAGGAACAGUUGCAGUCUGAAAUUUGAACACAACAUUUUGGACAAAAAAAAAAGUUUAGGAAUACACGUAGUAGUAAAAUACAUCAUUGAUGUAUGAUAAUACAUCAUUACAUGUAUGAUGGUAAAUGUACAUCAGCUAGAAACUAAAUAAAUAAAUAAAUAAAUAAAUAAAUUCACACACACACAAGGUGAGUACACACAUUUUAGUUGCAUAAAUGUUAAUUUUUCCUUCGUCAAAAAAGUUUUCAAGGCACUUAUUUGUAUCUCUAAUAAGUUUCAUAAUUACAUCAAUCUAUUUGUUUAUUUGGAUAAAUUUGGACCAGCCGUGUCUGCUGUGUCUAGAGAUUCAUUUAAGUCUGGGACUUUUUUUGGGGGUUCAAAAUGUUAUUUUAUUAGCUCUAAUAAUAGAAGACAUAUUUGUGCAUAUUUUUAUACCCAAAACUAGGUUUUUUUUUUUUUUAUAAUGCAUACAAAAAGAAUUAUUGUAGAUUUUGAUGUAUAUUACCAUGGAAAAUCUAAAUACAGUACUGUAAUUGGGACUAUCUCAUUUAUAUGCACAGUAAAUUGAAUAAUCAAAGUACAAGUAACCAUACAGUAAUUCAUAUUUGAAUUGAAGAACAUUUCAGUUAAUACAUCAUUUAUAUGCCGUUACAUAGUAAACUAACCGUGUCAAAGAUCUCUUCCAUUACGUAAACAAUUAACUUGAAUUUAAUUAGUUUUCAGUUUUUUUGGGGGCGGGUAUCGUUAUAUCACUGUUAGUCGUGCCUCGCAGGGAGACUUUUAACAACUUCAUCUGAAACUAAUGCCGUCAUUACAUUUUUAAAAUAUGUAUUUUCAUAUUUUGAGAAUUACGUUUACUCAUUGGGCAGUAAAGUCUUUUUUUUAUUGUUAUUUUAUCAGUUGUUUUUAUUGUUGACUAUUGGAACAAACAUGUUUGGUCCUUUGCUUCUCAUGUGUAUUUUAUUGAUUGGAGUCUGUAGAAUGUGUAUAGAAGCCUUUAGCCAUUUAAGUACAGCUGUUAAAUAAAUUCUAUACUUCU